GUCUAGGUGGUCCGGACGCCCUAAAAAUCAAGGUAAAUCAACAGGAACAUCAGGAAGGUGACUCACUGUCAUACCUGUCCAUCUACCUGUAAUAAGGGACGGGCAGGUGAGGGGGAGACGGUCAACAGGUGAGGUCAGCCCCCGUACAUUGACAACAGGCUCAGGAUGUCAGGGCAGGAGAUGCCAAAGGAUGACCAUAAAGAAAAUCCUGCAGAGUCGUCACCCCCCACUAAGAAAAGCACCAUCCGCAACAUCUUCAAGAGCUUUCCGACACCCUCGAUAAAAAAUAUUAAAGGCUUCCACCAGGCGCAUGGGGCAAAAGGGUCUGCGGGAGGAACAAGUACGAGCAGAACUGAAGAAAGCAUACCAAGUGGAGGCUCGCGGACUGUAGGACUCUCUGAUGACAAACCUGACGCCGAAAGCAACUUAAAAAUGCUCAAGCGAGAAGAGGGAGGAGAAAAAGGAGGAGGUGAAUGUGCAGUAGACAGUCCACUUAACACUGAUAUUACCCCAACAUUACUUAACCAAGGAGGAGGAGAACAAGAAGGUGCAGCAGCCAGUCAGCAUAAAUUUGAUCGUGGCCCAACAUUGCCUAUCAAGAGAGGAGAAGAAGGAGAUGCAACAGCCAGUCAGCGUAACUUUGGUAGUAGCUCAACAAUAUCUAGUCAAGAAGAAAGAGAAGGUGCAGGAGCCAGUCAGCAUACCUUCGAUUGUAACUCAGAAUUGCUCAAUAGAGGAGAGGAGGAAGGAGAAAAAGGAAGAGGAGAUAGAGAAGGAGAAACAGCAGCCAGUCAACCAAACUCAGCCACCCAAGAGGAAAACGAUCUUCCACCAACCACUUUAAAAGACGACGAAAAACGAGACAAAACUUCAGAAACCAGAACUACUGAGGACACCCUUGUUGAGCCUGUCACCCACUCCUUCUCCUUCCGUCUGAGUGAGCCACCUAUCGACCCAGAGCCACAGCCAGACUCCAGCAGUGAAUCUCAUGCACUAACCACCUCCACCACCACACCGAGCCUAAACCAGACCCACCCGGCAGCCGGCAAGCCCAGGACCAAGAGCAAAAAGCAGAAGGGUCUUAGCAGCGCAAGAGAUGGCAAGGAUUCUGACUCCUCCGUGUGCUCAAGAAAAAGAUCGUCGAAGGGUAAAACGAAGAUUAAGUCAAAAUUCGCUCCUGGAAGUCUCGAGUACAUUGAGGAACGACUGCGCGGAAGGAUAUUCUCUGGGUGGGUGGAGGAGCGGCAGUGGGUGGAGAGUGUGGGCGGCUACAGGGAUGUGAUCGAGGUGGAUGAGUGGGAGGUGGAGAUGAACCAGCAGCUCCAGACCAUUAUCUCCAGCAUCCCAGGCGUGCAGGACGGGACCAGGUGGAUCAACAUAACACCACCCGACAAGAGCCCUUACUACCGCCUGUGGGUGCUGCUGGAGGCGCCGCCCACCCCCGGCCACUACUGGUACACCGUCACAGGCACCAGGGUACAGCCUCAAUUUGGCCUCAUGAUCUCGGUGAAGGAAAUCAGGAGCAUUCAUCCUUACGACGGCGAACUGGCCGAGGCGAGACGAAAACGGAUGAAGAAAAAGGCCAAGGGUGGAGCGCAGAGUGAGCUGGAGAGUGUGAGUGAGGUGCUGCAGGACUUUGCGGACCAGUUCACCAGCCUCAGACCUGCCACCAUCCUCUCCACCAUCACGUCUGCGAUAAGUCUCUCCAACAUCAAGGAAACUAUCAGAUUCAUCACCGUGCUGCUCAUGACCCUGGUGAUAGGCUUGGUGACAUUUCUCCGGGAGUCACAUGUGGUUGGCUUGCGGUUUGUCAGGGAGGCGGGAAUCUUCGUCCACAAUGCAACACCAUUUCUGCAGACCGUGUUGGGAUUUUUCGAGAAGAUUGUCGGUGGUCUUUACCUCCUGGUGGCAAUGGUGUACCGGGACUUCCGGCGCCCCAGUGUUCCCCCGCCCAGGUUUCCCCCACCUCCUCCACCUUCCCUCACCUCAAGUCCACCGAGACCCGCCACUGGACCUAGGGCAAUCCAGUAUGUCUCCCCUGAGCGCUGGGUCGUCAAAACACCGAACAAUGACUUUACAUAAUUUUAGAGAGUUUUAGAAUGUUUACAUAUGUGCUUGUGACCUCUUACCUGCAUGAUGCCCAUCCUCUGUUGGUGAGUGAAGGACGUGAUGCAAGCGAGAGGUCCUGCAGAGAAAGGAUGUGAGGAGUGUGUACAGCAGAAUGCAUGUGUCAAGAUUGCAUCUCCUUUUAAUGUGAGAGCUUGCCUUUAGACCUUUCACAGUAUAUUAGGUUUCGUGCAUCGAUAGUUAUGAUGUGUUACGGCCAGCAUCACACCCGGGAUGACAAUGCUUGAGUGAUGUGUGAAUGUGUAGUGUGUCCUGUUUUACCCGGUAAUCCUUCUCUUACUUUUCGUGAUGUUUUACAGUUUCUUUGCAGCUUUAAUCAACUCCUUCCCCUCCCUUUGUAGGAAGUUGGGCUUGCAAAGAUGAUAAUGUGAUAUUUAGCUUAUCUGACUCACAUACUUUAAAUGGGUGUAGCCUAGAACCCCAGCAUGUUCCAGAAACCUCUUUUAAAUUUUAGACACUGCUGCAUGACUCUUCGGGUCCUUGCUCUGGAUCUGUUGUUUUUUCUUGGGUUUACUGUCCUGGGAGCCAUCUGGUGCCUUUCAUGUUUUUCCUUCUCAUUUUAGACUCAUUUUUCUCCCAAAACUAUACAUCACCAUACUGUUCACACCAACUUGCUAACAAAAUAAUGCAUGUUGUGUUCUUAUUUUAUUCACACAGUUGAAAUUGUCUUCCGUCUUGAAGUGAGUGCAUAUCAUAUCCACCCUAAGUUCCUCUCCACUCACCACUUUGUGAUUGAACUAUACCUUCAGGGAAAUUUUGACACUGCCUUCAAGACUCAAUGCCUCCUUCUCAGCAGCAGGCAAGCUGGACCAAAUACUCACAGCACCCACGUAGUGACUUAGACGUCUCCGAGGACGAUGUGGAUGGGUUAAUUUAAGAGGGGCAUGCGAGGCGUGAGCCACAAGUUGCAGGGGGAGUGGAUGUAAAGUCGGCUUGUUGUAGUCACCACUUCACAUCCAUUCUAAGUCCCAUACACAUCUUCAUUACUUUUUACAUCUCAUCACGACACACACCACACUUUGGUGCUCCCAUUCAACUCUGCAUUCGCAUGAACAUAACUAUUGCUACUUAUAAGAGCUCAACUUUAUACACCUGCCUAACCAGAAACAACUCAUAUAUUUAAAUUUUCAUAUAACACAAGUCACAUUCAUUAUUGGCAAUGAUUUACUCGUGAGGUGACGGCCAAAUAUUUCUGCACUGGCUGAGGAAGGGAGCUUGUGGGUCACACCUCACAUGUCACAAGCAUGAGUGUAACGUGCUGCAUCAAGCAGUGUUUACUCACUGAGAUUAAUGAACUGUGCCUUGAAUCAGAACAAAAAGAGUAAUUACACUUAGUACUAGUCACUGAGGUUAUUAUCUUUGUAUAUGGUUAGGGAAUAAAAAGUAAUUUGACCCAA